GUGGUCAGACGAGCAAAUAGCUUUGACAUUUUCACCUAGCAAAUUUCAAUUUCCACAAAUGGGCACAGAAAAAACCAAAGAAACUUACAAAAUUCUCAUUUUUCAAAGGCAAAAUAUUGAUCACAAAAGCAAACUUCUAUUAAAAUGGCAGCCAUUUAUUCCAAAAGCUUCUUCACGAUGAAACAAUUAAAGGUUCAAUCUUUUAAUUUUGAAUCAUUCAAAUUUAUCACUAUAACUUAUGGGUCUUUAAGAUAUAACAAAAAAACUAAUGGGUCUUCGAGGACAAAACUGAUACUUAGUUACAGUAGAAGUUUAGUGGAGAGUGAUCAACUGCGGUGGGAUGUACGGAAGCGAGCUAUGGAUGCAAUUGAAUCAUUGGGAAGGAGGGUGACAGUUGGGGAUCUUGCCAGCAAGGCUGGCCUUCAGUUGAGUGAAGCACAGAUAGCUUUGCAAUCUUUGGCUACUGAUACUAAUGGCUUCUUGGAGGUGUCUGAUGAAGGUGAUGUCCUAUAUGUGUUUCCCGAGGGUUAUCGAUCGAAUCUUGCUGCUAAAUCAUUUAGGAUUAAAGUUGAGCCUUUGCUGGAGAAAGCAAAGAUGGCAGCAGAAUAUUUAGUCAGGGUUUCCUUUGGUACCACACUGAUUGCUUCAAUUGUUAUUGUCUAUACGGCUAUAAUUGCCAUUGCCUUAAGCAGAGGUGAUGAUGACAUAAGCUUUCCAGACAUUGGUUUAAACAACAAGGGAAGACGAACGACAUCUUAUGAUAGUGGUCUGUUCUGGUGUUGGGAUCCCAACUAUCACAGGCGGCGACGAAUACACAAAGAUGGUGUCAGGAUGAACUUCUUUGGAUCUGUUUUCUCCUUUGUAUUUGGUGAUGCUGAUCCAAAUCAAGGUAUUGAUGAAGAGAGGUGGAAGUUGAUAGGACAAUAUAUAUUGUCAAAUGGCGGGGUUGUCGUUGCUGAAGAACUUGCCCCCUUUCUCGAUCUAAAGAAUCCCAACUACAUGGAUGAUGAAUCAUAUAUCCUUCCGGUGCUGUUGCAGUUUGAUGGUCAGCCAGAAGUAGAUAAGGAGGGAAAUAUUCUGUAUCGAUUCCCAUCACUCCAGCGUACAGCUGCUCGCCAAUGGAGUGGAAGGAAGGAGUUUGUAGGGAAAAUAUGGCCUAACUGGGAUGGACAGGUUGAGAAAUAUCUGAAAGAAAUAAAGUGGCAAUUUAGUAAAGCUAGUGUAUCACAAGCAGCAUUGGUCGUUGGUUUGGGUGUGCUGAAUUUACUUGGAGUUAUCAUUCUUGGAACCAUGUUGAGGAGCAUGACUGUUAGUCCAAGUAGCUUCAUUUCGUCAGUGUCCAAGUUAUUUCCAUUACUUCAGUUGCAGAUUUACGCUGGCUCGUUUUUCACCAUUCCUUUUGUUCGCUGGUUGCUUGUUCGAAAAAGAAAUUCUGAAAUUGAAAAGAGGAAUCAAGCGAGGGAACAAUAUGCCCAAGCACUUGAGCGUCCCGAUUUCUCACUAAGGCGGAAGCUUUUGAGUGCUCGAGAUAUGGCUCAAAGAACUUUUAUUGGUCAGAAUCGAAUUGUUUACAGUACAAAUAAGGACUUGUACGAGCAAGAUUAUGAUGCCCAACAAUGGGAGCAGGGAUUCGGAAUAGGACAUCAAGUGAUGCGUUGUGCUCCAGCAUCAAUAACUGAGGCAUCCAAGCUGCAAAUGGAUCAACUGUUAUGCCACUUUGUAUAUUCCAUAUGCUUAGGUAAAGAAUUCAUCCAUCCAAAGUAUAAUAGGUUCUGAUUCCAUUGACAGCAGGGAUCCUCUUGGUCUCAGAACUAGAAGAUUCAAGGGAAAAUUCAUCAUACUAUUUGUAUAGUGGAGUAUAGAAUUUUUUGUCUACUAAGAAACAAUUUUUUGGUUUUCGAAUGUGUAUGUUCUCACAAUUUGCUUGCCCCUAA